CAGAGAGUGAGAGAGAUAGAGAGAGAGAGUCAGACAGACAGAGAGAGCGAGUCAGACAGACAGAGAGAGAGAGAGACAGAGAGAGUGAGAGAGAGAGAGCUGGGUGUUUUGUUCAUUGUUUGUGAAGAUUGAGCAAGUGGUUUCGGUUCCAGCUAGUGCUGAAGGAUGGGGUGGAGACCAGACUCAGCUUUCAGCCCCAGCUGCAGCUGCUGGCACUGAGCUCGAGUGUUUGGAUCAAGCUCGGUGGGUGUGUGUGUGUGUGUGUGUGGGGUGUGUGUGUGUGUGGGGUGUGUGUGUGUGUGUUUGUGUGUGUGGGGGGGUGUGUGUGUGUGUGUGUGGGUGUGUGUGUGGGUGUGUUUGUGUGUGUGUGUGUGGGGUGUGUGUGGGUGUGUGUGUGUGUGUGUGGGGUGUGUGUGUGGGGUGUUUGCCCAUGGCUGCGGCCGAUCUGUUAUCCCUGGAGCAGCAGCUCUCCUGCUCCAUCUGCCUGGAGGUCUUCAGCCAGCCGGUCCAGCUCCCCUGCGGGCACACCUUCUGCCUGGACUGCAUCCAGAAGAACUGGGACCAGAACCCGCUGGCGGCCUGCCCGCAGUGCAGGGCCACCUUCCUCCCCCGACCCUCUCUGCGGAAAAACAUCGUCCUGUGCGGGAUCGUGGACGAGUUCAAUCGGAUGGGGCAGGCGCAGGCUGCCCGGCUCAGCAGCGUCAGCAUCAACGGCGGUGGCAUCAGCAGCGUCAGCGGCGCGGACAUCCCGUGCGAUUCCUGCCCCAUCGGCCGCGGGGCAAAGGCGGCCAAGUCCUGCUUGUCCUGCCUGGCCACCUUCUGCCAAGCCCACCUCCGGCCCCACCUCGAGGAGGUGACCCUCCGCGACCACCAGCUGACCGAGCCGGUCAGGGGUCUGGGUCUGGGUCUGGGCGGCAAGAGAUGUCCAGCUCACGGCAAACUGCUGGAGUUCUUCUGCCGGACCGACCAGAUGUGCAUCUGCGGCUUGUGCAUCCUGCAUGUCCAUCGUGACCACGAGGUCAUCGCCCUGGAAGAGGAGAGCACCGAGAAAAAGAAAUUUCUUCAGGAAGAAAAAGUAAGAAGGCAAAGUCAGAUUGAAGAAAUUAAUACAGCAAUUAAUAAACUCAAAGAGAAUGUCACUUCUAUCAAAAAAACAGCAUUGCAGGUGAGGUCUGACAUCGAUAAGCACUUUGGUGACCUGAUCGACUGUAUUAAAGAAUCGCAGAGUGUUGCAACAAACGUCAUCGAGAGUGAGGAGGCUGUUGCCUUGGCCCAAGCUGAGAGCAUUCAGAGCUGGCUGAAGCAGAAGUGCAGCGGAGUGACCAGCAAGAGCGAUGAGAUAGACCGGCUGUUGAAAUCUGACGAUAUCCAGCUCUUAAAGGAGUUUCAUGCCCUGGAGGAGACGGAGACAGAUCAGGUAUUACCCACGUUGGACACGGACUUUGAUAAGCAGCUCUCCAGUUUGAAGAGCGUCGUUGUCAAGAUGACUAAAAAUAUUAUGCAGCAGCUGCACGAGGCCCACACAGAGAAGCUACCCGCUAUCAAAGAAAAUGGCCCCUUGGCUAAUAGUCAACAUCCCAAAUUACAUCAGCCAUGCAGUUCAACAUCUGCAGCAUCUCAGCAAAAGAUUGAUUUCCAGCCCGUAUCAUCUAUUAGUCUUUGCAGCGCUUCUCACCCUUUAGUACCAUCACUCCCUCGGGGCUUUUGGCCAAUCCCAGCUUCUCCGAUAACUGCUGAUUUCCAGUCCGUGUCAAACCCUGGUGCCCACCAACAACCUUUAAUACCAUCUCCAGGUCUUUGGACGAUGGUAACUCCUCAGAUAAAUGCUUCUUUCCAGUCUUUGCCAAAUGAUGUCCACAGGGUCAUGACUUGGCCGUCGUCGACCUCAGUAGCCAGUGCUCAAGGUCAUAGGGGAGUCCCAGGCAACCAGCAGAGGGGCAUGGUAAUGAGUAGCCGUUACACCAUUGCUCCUUGUAGAGCUCCUCUUGUCCUGCCAACAAUACCUCUGCCAACUCGGAGCAGGUGCCAGGUUUCUACUACUUCAAUUAAGGAGCAGGAGCCUCUCACAGCCACAGUGCUUUCGGCACUCCCCUUCCAGGAGCAGAAGCAACUACUGGGGGAACGACUUUUCCCAUUAGUACAAAUUCUACAUCCUUCCUUGGCGGGAAAAAUCACUGGAAUGCUGCUGGAGUUGGAUAACUCGGAAUUACUACAGUAUUUGGAGUGCUCGGAUUCUCUUCACUCAAAGGUUGAUGAAGCUGUGGUGGUUUUGCAGAGGCAUCAGGCUCAGAAAGAUUUCCUCCAGAGAACAAAUCUGGUUGCGGCUACCUGUAAACAGAAGAAAUGAGAAGCAGCGAGCAGGCAGUUUUCACCAAGAAGCUGCUGUGCAAUUAGUUUGCAGGAAGGUCUUGACUGCAGAGCGGGAUUAACGCACUGCUCUUUCAUCUCCCAAGUUUUCAAUCUAGCACAGGCAGAAAUCUGACAACUCGCAGGGUCUUUUGGUGAAGUUGGAAGUUGGUCAGGUGUCCACCAAACAAAACUGUCCACAAUCUAGCACUGGGGUUAGCACUGAAUUCCCAAUCAUCACUUGGAGAAGCCAGGAGGGUAGCUGGGCAUAGAGUUGUCACACGGUAUUAGGGGGGAUGUUUGUCUGAGUCUAUGAUUAAAGGUGUAUAGUUGAAGCAGAGAAAGGGGGUUUUACCUCUUCAUCUAGCCUAGGCUGCACUAAAGCUGGGAGUGCUGGUAGUGAAUGUGAGAAACUGAUAUCUCUUAAAUUCCCCAGUACUGACAUCCUUCACUUUAAGGAAUUCACCUUGAAAAAUAGGAGUUUUUAAUAGAUGUGUGUAAAAAUAUAUAUUUUUUAAAAAACAGGCAUAUACAAUUUUUUUUUACUUUAACCUUUUGGCAGAGACAGCAUCACUCUCCACUUACACAGUACAUUUUAUAAGUACAAUUUAAAAUGCUGUAAGCCAUCUGCCUUAUACUGUGAAAUAUAUUUUUUACCUUCUGGGAACAUACAUCUUAGCCUGAGAACCUGGCAAGUUUCCAAACCAGCAAUCUGUGUCAAGAGCUUCAGCUCGGCUUGGGGGCUUCACCUGUAACCACUGCUGGUCACAGUUCCGCUGGCAGCUUACGUGGCGAGAGAGAGAGAGACAACGGAGAGCCACCUGCCUCGCUGGGUAUGUUCUGGUCGGGGUGGGGAGUUGUUGGAGUGAGCUCCAAAGAAGCUCCCUGUACAAUCCCUGUCCAGUCCAAGUACCACCUGUUGAAUUGAAAAUGGAGGGAUUUGAAAACAACACGCCCAAGCAAUUUGAUGAUAAUAUCUCACAGCCUUUCCGGCUUCAAUUCUGACAGCAAGCUGUCGAAACGAUGCAGACUUGCCAAGUCCCAAGCCGAUGUGGGUUUGAUGCUACUCUUGAAAUCCGUUCAUGCAUCGAUGUCCAAAAGGGCCAUGUGACCACCUAGAUAGAGGUUACUAUAGACCAAUGAAAAUUUGCCAAGGGACUAAAAAUCAGUUUUGAUAUGAAAUGAAUUAGAGAUGACGAAGGCCAAUCAGCUCAUCUUAGCUCAAGUUGUUUAGAAGGCCCAUUUGGUCCUUCACACGUCACAACGUCCCUCAAUUGCUUCUUCAGUGAUUUCAGGGAGCUUACCUGCAAAGUCCAUUGUUACAAUUGGCGCUCACUCCGUUAACUCUUUCUCAUGUCUAGUGCAAACAGUCCUACAGGCAAAUCCUCACUCCCUCGAAAUUGAAAGAUGACCUCGUGUGGUCAAGUCCUUUGUUGUUGUGUCCUUUGAGAAAGUGGAUAUUAUCAGCAAUACUGUUGGAAACGCUUUUAAAACGAGCAAGAUUGUUAAACAAAAGUAUUCACAAAUCAUUACCUGCAGAAACAAGCAGAAAAAGUGAGAUAUUAAAAUGCAGGAAUUUGAAGCUGGUUCACCAAACCAGUCAGCUGUGAUCUUUUGAAAACUUGCAGAACUUGAGAUAAGAUGAAUAACUUUCAGAGAAGUGUUUGAGCAGAAUAGAGUCUUUGCAGGAUUUACAUAGGUGAAUGUUGACUGAACUGCACCUUGUUCCCAUAUCCCAUGGCCAGACAAGAUUGCACUGCCAGAUAUGAAAUGUUGUGUGUUUAGACUGCUGAUUGAUAAAACAUUCUCCACUAGUUUCUACAAUGGCACUGUCAGCUGCUGUCUAGUUUUUGGGCUCUCAUUUGCCACAGUAUUCCCUCUUGUCGACCCUAACAUCGUUGUCCCCAGUGAAGUUGUUCCUCUCUCCCUUGCUGAUCACUUCCCCAUAAUGGCCCCGCUUUGCUUCCUUUGCAGACGUGGGCUUAUCUGGGCCACUUCUACAAUGGCAGGAUUGUCGUAUGAGGAGAAAUUGGGCCGACUAGGCCUGUAUUCACUGGAGUUUAGAAGAAUGAGAGGAGAUCUCAUUGAAACGUAUAAAAUUCAGACAGGGAUGGACAGACUGGGU